AUGACUACUCAAAUGGUGCCCAUUGAUUUAAAGAAAUAUAAGGAUGAACAUUCAGGAAACAUCAUCGUAGUGUCUAACAGAUUGCCUGUCACGAUCACGAAGAACAAAACCACAGGAGACUAUGAGUAUUCCAUGUCAUCAGGUGGGUUGGUUACUGCAUUACAAGGGUUGAAGAAGACCUCGACUUUCCAAUGGUAUGGUUGGCCAGGUUUGGAGAUUCCUGAUGACGAAAAGGAACAAGUGAAGAAGGACCUUUUAGAAAAGUUCAAUGCAAUUCCAAUUUUCCUCACUGAUGAAAUUGCAGAUUUACAUUACAAUGGGUUCAGUAACUCUAUUCUGUGGCCAUUGUUCCAUUACCACCCUGGUGAAAUUAAUUUCGAUGAAAAUGCAUGGAUGGCAUAUAACGAGGCAAAUAAGACGUUUGCUGAUGCCAUUGUUGAAAAUGUUCAGGAUAAUGAUUUAGUGUGGGUUCAUGAUUAUCAUUUAAUGUUGUUACCUGAAAUUUUAAGGAACGAAUUCAAUAAACGUAAGUUGAGAAAUGUGAAGUUAGGUUGGUUCUUACAUACUCCGUUCCCAUCAAGUGAAAUUUACAGAAUUCUGCCGGUAAGACAGGAAAUAUUAAAGGGUGUGUUGAGUUGUAACCUAAUUGGGUUUCAUACAUAUGACUAUGCCAGACAUUUUUUGUCCUCUGUGCAGAGAGUAUUAAAUGUAAACACAUUGCCUAAUGGUGUGGAAUAUAAAGGAACUUUUGUUAAUGUGGGAGCAUUCCCUAUUGGGAUUGAUGUAGAUCAUUUUAAGGAUGGUCUCAAAAAACCACAGGUGAUACAAAGAAUUGAAGAAUUGAAAAAGACUUUCAAAGGUUUAAAGAUUAUUGUUGGUGUUGAUAGGCUAGAUUAUAUUAAAGGUGUUCCGCAAAAGCUGCACGCCAUGGAAGUAUUUUUAACAGAACAUCCAGAAUGGAUUGGAAAAGUGGUUCUAGUUCAAGUUGCAGUUCCAAGUCGUGGGGAUGUUGAAGAAUAUCAGUAUCUAAGAUCUGUUGUUAAUGAAUUAGUUGGAAGAAUUAAUGGUCAAUUCGGUACAGUAGAAUUUGUUCCAAUUCAUUUCAUGCAUAAGAGUAUCCCAUUUGAAGAACUUAUUUCUCUUUAUGCAGCAAGUGACGUUUGCUUGGUGUCUUCAACAAGAGAUGGGAUGAAUUUGGUUUCAUAUGAGUAUAUUGCCUGUCAAGAAGAGAAAAAGGGUACUUUGUUACUGAGUGAGUUUACUGGUGCCGCACAAUCAUUGAACGGUGCCGUCAUUUUUAAUCCAUGGAAUACUGAUGAACUGUCAGAAGCAAUUAACGAAGCCUUAACGUUGCCUGAGGAAAAAAGAGAUGCAAAUUGGGAAAAAUUGAACAAAUAUAUCAGUAAAUAUACGUCUUCCUUCUGGGGUGAGAAUUUUGUUCAUGAACUUAGAAACACUACUUUUUCAACGAGCCAAGAAUAA